GGAGGUAAACAAGAUGGCGGUGGAGUGUUGGGUGCGGAAGGGGGAGGCGGCCCGCGGCGCCCGUGAGUGAGGUGGAGGUACGGACGGAGGCGGCAGUGGGUCCGGGCGGCAACGCGGCCACCUUGCAUGGGCUGGGUCUCAGCCUCGCCCCUUCUGCUCCACGCGCGCGGUGGCAGCGGCUGGGGACGUGCCGCCCGGGCCCCGCUGCCUUGGGAACCCCCUGCCCGGUGCCUGUGGCCUGUUCUGCCUCGGCUGCCUGGUGUCCUACGGGCUCCCCUGCGCUUCCAGGGCAGCAGCGGACGGCGUUCGGGGCGGAGAGCGAGCGCCGGCUGCCGUUUGGGUCAGGGGGGUGUCCGCGAGGCCGCUUGGGGGGGGUCCCAGGCCCGUUUGGGGGCUCCCAAGCGGCCGGCUCCGACGGAAGUUGCUCCUUGUGGCAGGAGGGCCCCAGGCGGUCUCCGGACACACGCCCGGGGCUGGCCUCAGCGGACCGAGCCGGAUAGCCACCUGCGACUUCUCGGGGAGCCUAGGACAGUGAGGCCGGUAGAUACGCCCUGGUCCCCAGCGAAGCUUAACUGCCCAGCUUUGGGGGCUCCGGGGCCUGCCGGGGCUCCGGGCGCGGGCUGCGGCUGGCUGGUAAUGGACGACCGGGAGAAGACUUGGCUUGGCCGCGUCCGCUUUUGCCCGAGGGUCUAAAGUCCCUGGAGGAUGACCUAGCACUUCGCAACCCCACCGGCCUUCCCAGGGUCCCCGUGGACACGCCGGCCCGACCUGAAGUUGGCAGGUCGGGUCGCACUUGCGACGCUGCUCCGCGUCGGAUGCUCGGGCCUCGGACCAGGCAGGUCUCUUGAACUCACGUUUAGUACAAUCGUUUCUUUUCGAAGAAGGGUUUUUCUUUUCUGUUUUUCUUUUGUGCUUUUCUUGAAUUUUUUUUGAGAAGGGAAUUUGGGGUGGGGGAGACAAAAAGAAGAACCUCUCACCGGGGUAUCCAUAAAGGGGAUUAAGGGACCGCCAGUGGCGCGAAUCGGAGAUCUUGAGUCCAGAAUGGAUGUGGCAGACCCGCAGCAGCUGGGCAUGUUUACAGAGGGUGAGCUGAUGUCGGUGGGGAUGGACACGUUCAUCCACCGCAUCGACUCCACCGAGGUCAUCUAUCAGCCCCGCCGCAAGCGGGCGAAGCUCAUUGGCAAAUACCUGAUGGGGGACCUGCUGGGGGAGGGGUCCUACGGCAAAGUGAAGGAGGUGCUGGACUCGGAGACGUUGUGCAGGAGAGCCGUCAAAAUCCUCAAGAAGAAGAAGUUGCGGAGGAUCCCCAAUGGGGAAGCCAACGUGAAGAAGGAAAUUCAGCUACUGCGGAGGUUGCGGCACAAAAACGUCAUCCAGCUAGUGGAUGUACUGUACAAUGAGGAGAAGCAGAAGAUGUAUAUGGUCAUGGAGUACUGCGUGUGCGGCAUGCAGGAGAUGUUGGACAGCGUGCCCGAGAAGCGGUUCCCUGUGUGCCAGGCUCAUGGGUACUUUUGCCAGUUGGUGGAUGGUCUGGAGUAUCUGCACAGCCAGGGCAUUGUGCAUAAGGACAUCAAGCCGGGCAAUCUGCUGCUUACCACCAGUGGCACGCUUAAGAUUUCUGACCUGGGUGUGGCUGAGGCCUUGCACCCUUUCGCUGAGGACGAUACGUGUAGGACGAGCCAGGGCUCCCCAGCGUUCCAGCCACCUGAGAUUGCCAAUGGCCUGGACACCUUCUCCGGCUUCAAGGUGGACAUCUGGUCGGCUGGGGUUACCCUCUACAACAUCACAACAGGCCUGUACCCCUUCGAGGGGGACAACAUCUACAAGUUGUUUGAGAACAUCGGGAAGGGGGACUACACGAUCCCAGGCGACUGCGGCCCCCCACUCUCGGACCUGCUGAAAGGGAUGCUGGAAUAUGAGCCAGCCAAGAGGUUUUCCAUCCAGCAGAUCAGGCAGCACAGCUGGUUCCGGAAGAAGCACCCACCAGCAGAGGAGCCGGUGCCCAUCCCACCAAGCUCGGACUGCAAGGACCGGUGGCGCAGUAUGACUGUGGUGCCCUACCUGGAGGACCUUCAUGGCUGUGCUGACGAUGAGGGGGACGAGGACCUCUUUGACAUCGAGGACGACAUCAUCUACACUCAGGACUUCACCAUGCCUGGACAAGUCCCAGAAGAGGAGGCCAGUCAGAAUGGACAGAGCUGGGGCCUGUCCAAGACUAUGUGCAUGAAUGGUACCGAUUCGGCACAGCUGAGCACCAAAUCAAGGGCAGAGCGCCGGGCUAGUGCUGUCUCCAACCCUGCCCGCAAGGCCUGUUCCACCAGUGGCAAGAUCCGUCGGUUGUCAGCCUGCAAGCAGCACCCAUCUCUGGGAGUCCUGGCCAGAUGCCAUGGCCCGGGUCCUCCUCAGUCUUCCCGACGACUGCUGGCCCACUGCCCACCAUCCAGGAAGGCCACUGCCAUACCCUUCGAGCUGACCACCCGUCAGGAAGCCAGGGGGUCCUGGAAGGCUGUGGCUGGGGAACAGCAGAGACUGGGGUCUGCCUCCCUCCUCCCACUUGUGGGCCAUGGACACAACCUCCGGUUGACUUUGCAAUCUUGUGCUGGGCCCUUUCCUGGCCAGGGGAGGGUGAGGCUAGGCCACGGGCUCCGCACAGACCUCGCCAUGCACUUUACGUUUAGACUACUGGUUUUCCCCCGACUUCUCUUUACUUUGCUACACAGCACCUCCCACACCUAGUAAUGUGUUCAAACUGCAAUCGAUUGAGUGGGGUGGACUUCAGUGGGUGGAUGGGCCUGCCCACCGAGACACAUGCCCAGUGCCCGUGGGAGCCAGGUGGCUGCCUUGUUUUUGUUGCUUGGUUGGUUCCUUUUCUUUCUUUUUUUUUUUUUUUU